GCGGCCACGCUCGCCUAUAAGGAGCUGUCCGCCACCCGGGUGCUGAUUUCAGCUCUCGAGCCCGGCGAGGUGGAUUUGGCUGUCCACCGAGCCCCCGCGCCUGUCGUUCUAAUCGGGUUUGGAUUUGCGCCGUUAAGGAGGGAGAAGGAGGAGGAAGAGGCGGGCGAGGAAGGCGAGUCCAGCUAGCGGCUGUCGCGGGGACCGUAGCCCCAGCCGCAGCUCCGGAGAAUCCCCCGCCACUGUUUCGGUGGAGCGCCUGGGCACGGGAUGGAGUGAAAGAGCGAGUGCCUCUCCAAGGGGGGGUGGGAGGGGGCCAGGCGGUUCGGAGGAGACCGAGCGCGCGAGAAGAAGCCGCGGCUGGCGCCUGCGAAUUUGGAAUUCGAUUGGGAGCGACCGCUCACUCGGGGGAAAUGGAUUCUGUACCAAGGCUGACCAGCGUUUUGACUUUGCUCUUCUCCGGCCUGUGGCAUUUCGGAUUAACGGCGACAAAUUACAACUGUGAUGACCCACUAGCAUCCCUGCUCUCUCCAAUGGCUUUUUCCAGUUCCUCAGACCUCACUGGCAUUCACAGCCCAGCUCAACUCAACUGGAGAGUUGGAACUGGCGGUUGGUCCCCAGCAGAUUCCAAUGCUCAGCAGUGGCUCCAGAUGGACCUGGGAAACAGAGUAGAGAUUACAGCAGUGGCCACGCAGGGAAGAUACGGAAGCUCUGACUGGGUGACGAGUUACAGCCUGAUGUUCAGUGACACAGGGCGCAACUGGAAACAGUACAAACAAGAAGACAGCAUCUGGACCUUUGCAGGAAAUAUGAAUGCGGACAGCGUGGUGCACCACAAGCUAUUGCACUCAGUGAGAGCCCGGUUUGUUCGCUUUGUGCCCCUGAAAUGGAAUCCCAGUGGGAAGAUUGGCAUGAGGGUCGAGGUCUACGGAUGUUCCUAUAAAUCAGACGUUGCUGACUUUGAUGGCCGAAGCUCACUUCUGUAUAGGUUCAAUCAGAAGCUGAUGAGUACUCUUAAAGAUGUCGUCUCCCUGAAGUUCAAGAGCAUGCAAGGAGAUGGGGUCCUGUUCCAUGGAGAAGGUCAGCGUGGAGACCACAUCACCUUGGAACUCCAGAAGGGGAGGCUCGCCCUGCACCUCAGCUUGGAUGACAGCAAAGCGAGGCUCAGCAGCAGCUUGCCCUCCGCCACCCUGGGCAGCCUCCUGGAUGACCAGCACUGGCACUCAGUUCUCAUCGAGCGGGUGGGCAAGCAGGUGAACUUCACUGUGGACAAGCACACGCAACACUUCCGCACCAAGGGCGAGACGGACGCCUUAGACAUUGACUAUGAGCUUAGUUUUGGAGGAAUUCCAGUACCAGGAAAACCUGGGACCUUUUUAAAGAAAAACUUCCAUGGAUGCAUCGAGAACCUUUACUACAAUGGAGUAAACAUAAUUGACCUGGCUAAGAGACGAAAGCAUCAGAUCUAUACUGUGGGCAAUGUCACUUUUUCCUGCUCCGAACCACAGAUUGUGCCCAUCACAUUUGUCAGCUCCAGUGGCAGCUAUUUGCUACUGCCCGGCACCCCCCAAAUUGAUGGGCUCUCAGUGAGUUUCCAGUUUCGAACGUGGAACAAGGAUGGUCUGCUUCUGUCCACAGAGCUGUCUGAGGGCUCGGGGACCCUGCUGCUGAGCCUGGAGGGUGGAAUCCUGAGACUCAUGAUUCAGAAAAUGAUGGAACGUGUAGCUGAAAUCCUCACAGGCAGUAACUUGAAUGAUGGCUUGUGGCACUCGGUUAGCAUCAACGCCAGAAGGAAUCGCAUCACACUCACUCUGGAUAAUGAAGCAGCACCCCCAGCUCCAGACAGCACUUGGGUGCAGAUUUAUUCUGGAAAUAGCUACUACUUUGGAGGGUGCCCCGACAAUCUCACCGAUUCCCAAUGUUUAAAUCCCAUUAAGGCUUUCCAAGGCUGCAUGAGGCUCAUCUUUAUUGAUAACCAGCCCAAGGACCUCAUUUCAGUUCAGCAAGGUUCCCUGGGGAAUUUUAGUGAUUUACACAUUGAUCUGUGUAGCAUCAAAGACAGGUGUUUGCCAAACUAUUGUGAACAUGGAGGAAGCUGCUCCCAGUCCUGGACUACUUUCUAUUGUAACUGCAGUGACACAAGUUACACCGGUGCCACCUGCCACAACUCCAUCUACGAGCAAUCCUGUGAGGUGUACAGGCACCAGGGGAACACAGCUGGCUUCUUCUACAUUGACUCGGAUGGCAGCGGGCCACUGGGACCUCUGCAGGUGUACUGCAAUAUCACUGAGGACAAGAUCUGGACGUCAGUGCAGCACAACAAUCCAGAGCUGACCCGAGUGCGGGGCGCCAACUCUGAGAAUCCCUAUGCCAUGGCCUUGGACUACGGGGGCAGCAUGGAGCAGCUGGAGGCUGUGAUUGAGGGCUCUGAGCACUGUGAGCAGGAGGUGGCCUACCACUGCAGGAGGUCCCGCCUGCUCAACACGCCAGAUGGAACACCAUUUACCUGGUGGAUUGGGCGUUCCAAUGAACGGCACCCUUACUGGGGAGGCUCUCCUCCUGGAGUCCAGCAGUGUGAAUGUGGCCUGGACGAGAGCUGCGUGGACACUCGGCACUUUUGCAAUUGCGAUGCUGACAAGGAUGAAUGGACAAAUGAUACUGGCUUUCUUUCCUUCAAAGACCACUUGCCUGUCACUCAGAUAGUUAUCACUGAUACCGACAGAUCAAACUCAGAAGCCGCUUGGAGAAUUGGUCCCUUGCGUUGCUAUGGUGACCGACACUUCUGGAACGCCGUCUCCUUUUAUACAGAAGCCUCUUACCUCCACUUUCCUACCUUCCAUGCGGAAUUCAGUGCCGAUAUUUCCUUCUUUUUUAAAACCACAGCAUUAUCCGGAGUUUUCCUAGAAAAUCUUGGCAUUAAAGACUUCAUUCGACUCGAAAUAAGCUCUCCUUCAGAGAUCACCUUUGCCAUUGAUGUCGGGAAUGGUCCUGUAGAGCUUGUAGUCCAGUCUCCUUCUCUUCUGAAUGACAACCAAUGGCAUUAUGUCCGGGCUGAGAGGAACCUCAAGGAGACCUCCCUGCAGGUGGACAACCUUCCAAGGAGCACCAGGGAGACAUCGGAGGAGGGCCAUUUCCGACUGCAGCUGAACAGCCAGUUGUUUGUAGGGGGAACGUCUUCCAGACAGAAAGGUUUCCUAGGAUGCAUUCGCUCCUUACACUUGAAUGGACAGAAACUGGACCUGGAAGAGAGGGCAAAGGUCACAUCUGGAGUCAGGCCAGGCUGCCCAGGCCACUGCAGCAGCUACGGCAGCAUCUGCCACAAUGGGGGCAAGUGUGUGGAGAAGCACAGUGGCUACCUGUGCGAUUGCACCAAUUCACCUUAUGAAGGGCCCUUUUGCAAAAAAGAAGUUUCUGCUGUUUUUGAGGCUGGCACGUCAGUUACUUACAUGUUUCAAGAACCCUAUCCUGUGACCAAGAAUAUAAGCCUCUCAUCUUCAGCUAUUUACACAGAUUCAGCUCCAUCCAAGGAAAGCAUUGCAUUUAGCUUUGUGACAGCCCAAGCACCCAGUCUUUUGCUCUUUGUCAAUUCUUCCUCUCAGAACUUCCUGGCUGUUCUGCUCUGCAAGAAUGGAAGCUUACAAGUUCGCUAUCAGUUGAGCAAGGAAGAAUCCCAUAUAUUCACCAUUGAUGCGGAGAACUUUGCCAACAGGAGGAUGCACCACUUGAAGAUUAACCGAGAGGGAAGAGAGCUUACCAUUCAGAUGGACCAGCAGCUGCGACUCAGUUAUAACUUCUCUCCAGAAGUGGAAUUCAAGGUUAUAAGGUCACUCACCCUGGGCAAAGUCACAGAGAAUCUUGGUUUGGAUUCUGAAGUUGCUAAAGCAAACGCCCUGGGUUUUGUUGGAUGCAUGACUUCCGUCCAGUACAACCACAUAGCACCACUGAAGGCUGCCCUGCGCCAUGCCACUGUCGCUCCUGUGACUGUCCGUGGGACCUUGACAGAAUCCAGCUGUGGCUUCAUGGUGGACUCGGAUGUGAACGCAGUGACCACAGUGCACUCUUCAUCAGAUCCCUUUGGGAAGACAGAUGAGCGGGAACCACUCACUAACGCAGUUCGAAGUGAUUCGGCAGUCAUUGGAGGGGUGAUAGCAGUGGUGAUAUUCAUUAUCUUCUGUAUCAUCGGCAUCAUGACCCGGUUCCUCUACCAGCACAAGCAGUCACAUCGUACAAGCCAGAUGAAGGAGAAGGAAUAUCCAGAAAAUUUGGACAGUUCCUUCAGAAAUGAUAUUGACUUGCAAAACACAGUGAGCGAGUGUAAACGGGAAUAUUUCAUCUGAAGAACUGCAGGGUUCCUACUAUUCUUUUCUCUUGUUGCUCAAUUAUCUCCUCCCCCUCUUCUCUCCUGUCUUUUGAUUUGUUCAUUCUCUUUAUUUUCUGCUUGCCAUUUCUUUUCCGGAACAUAUUGCAUCCACCACAGCAUCAAUUCUCUUGAUCCAGCCCAGAAGACCAGGCAGCCGUGGCCACUGCCUUCGUCUCUGAUGAACCUAUCGGGUAAAAACGACCACUCAAGAAAGAGACUGACUUCACUAUUCAAGACAAGGAAGAGACACAUGUGUGCACUCCUGCAUGUUCAGUUCUGUACUUACAGUUUCUAAAAUGCACUGUUCAGUUUUGCAGCCAUUUGGUGUUCAGGCUUGCUUUGAGCCUAAGCUCUGUGGCUUAGGCACAUGACGGUCAUUCCUGACAUCCUUCCAUCUCAAGUCCAUUCUUCCCAGGGAACCCAGGGCAAGGAAAGAAGAACCUAGAGGCCUGGUUUGCCUUGGUGGCAUUGUAAAAGGACUAAGAGAGGUGUGUUUUGUGAACGUUUACUUGCUUUACCAUAGGCAAUCCCUUGCCUUUACUCAUCACGCUUUUUCACUAUGACUCUUAGCCUCUGAGUAUUUUCAAAUAUAUGAUUGCUGAUAGUAGUGAACAAAAUCACGUUGUUCCUUCCUCACUACUCUCUCCUGGGGCCAACACUUUGGGACAACACACCAUAGCAUAAAGCUAGGGGAUGCAUGGGAAUAGUAGCUUGAAACUAGGACGUAACAAGAAAGCUUCUAGGAAGUAGAUGUUCUGUAUCUUCAAAAAUGCCUCCUCCAAUUUUGUAAGAAUGCUAGCUAGGUAUUCCUCAGAUUAUUAUACUGAGAUAAAAUAUAUAUACAUACAUAUAUGUUGCUACAGCAUAAAGAAAUUGAAAUAAAAGUUUAAAAUAGUACCUGGUUCAAUGAAAGAGCCUAAAUCAUCUUAACUCAGCUUUAAAACAAAAAUGAAAUCAGGAAAAAAAAAUUGAAAAA